AUGCCUUUUCUAGCUACUGCACUUUUAUCGCUGUAUGCGAGUUUAUAUUUUGGCUCCUGUCAAAAUGUAACAUUGCCUCCUUCAAGUUUAUAUGUGGAUUAUUGUAUGCCGUCUUCAACUCAGCCAUCAUCGUCGGUUCAGUGGACAGUCAUAGCAUUUCCUAACGGCAAAAUUCAACAAUCUACUGAUAAUAGAAUAACGUUCUCUUAUAAUUAUGAUGAUGAAGUAGAAUUUUAUUACAUUCGUUGUAACAAUGGUAAUAAUUUAGUGAAAGAAAAUAUUUUAUAUAUCAAUUCACGGACAAGAGGAGUCAUUCUAUGGUUGGAUGAAGAUGGCCAAGUUAUACCACAAACUGACGUUACAAAUAUUACUUUAACAGUAGCAGUCUUUCCAUUUCAAUUGCGAGCGAAAGUAUUUGGAUGUGAAAAAAAUGUGUUGGCAGCCAUAAGAAGUCCUCCUUUGAACGCAAGUUUGACGAAUUCAUUUCCUGGCAAUGUCAUUGAAUUUUUUCAGGUGAAUUAUGGCUUGUAUAGCUUAAGGAUAGAAUGUCUUGGAAAAUGGAAUACAACACUUUUAACCGCAUCAGCAAUAGUAUCAGGGCCAGCAAGAGCAACUGGAAAUGACUGUCAUUGCGUGCAUAACGGUGUUUGUUCUCUAGUUCAAAAUGAUGAAAAUAAUCAAACAUGCUACUGUUCAGAUGAAUAUACCGGAUCUAAAUGCCAAUGGAAAGCUGCAACUAGUCAACAAGUAGCCACUGCAACAGCUUCUAGCAUCACUACUAAGCCUCCAUCUGUUCCAGUUCCUCUAAAUACUACUGCGAUUGUCAUGAUCCAUGUUGCGUUAGCGGUUUUAGAUUGUUGUUUUCUACUGACUAUUGCUAUUAUAUAUUACAAGCGACAUUUUCCUCGUGGUCGGCUAGAGAUCCAUAGGGUCAAUUCGGCUGUUUAUACGCCAGUAUCGACCGUAGAGCCGAAGCAAGUUCCUCAAAAAGUAGAGGAUUUGCCAGAGUAUGCUGAAUUGGAAAAGGUCACUCAAGAUUAA